AUGGAUAACUCCGUGCCGCUGGAAGCGGAGCUGGAGCAGCGCUGGCUGCUCAACGCCUCCCUCAACGAGUCCCUCAGCAACCAGUUCGUGCAGCCCCCGUGGCAGGUGGCCCUCUGGGCCGUCGCCUAUGCCCUCAUCGUGGUGGUGUCGGUGGUGGGCAACGUGGUGGUGAUGUGGAUCAUCCUGGCUCACAAGAGGAUGCGAACCGUCACCAACUACUUCCUGGUGAACCUGGCGUUCGCCGAAGCCUCCAUGGCUGCCUUCAACACGGUGGUGAACUUCACCUAUGCCAUCCACAACGAGUGGUAUUAUGGGCUGCUCUACUGCAAGUUCCACAACUUCUUCCCCAUCGCCGCCGUCUUCGCCAGCAUCUACUCCAUGACUGCCAUCGCCCUGGACAGGUACAUGGCCAUCAUCCACCCGCUGCAGCCUCGCCUCUCGGCCACCGCCACCAAGGUGGUCAUUGGAGUCAUCUGGCUCCUGGCUUUCCUGCUGGCAUCUCCCCAGGGAUACUACUCGGUGAUGGAGGAGCUGCCAGGCCGCCUGGUGUGCCUGGUGGAGUGGCCAGAGCACAGCACCAACCUGUAUGGCAAGACGUAUCACUUCUGCAUGACCAUCCUGAUCUACUUCCUGCCACUGCUGGUGAUUGGCUGUGCCUACACCGUGGUGGGCAUCACCCUGUGGGCAAGUGAGAUCCCUGGGGACUCCUCUGACCGCUACCACGAGCAGGUCUCGGCGAAGCGGAAGGUGGUGAAGAUGAUGAUCAUCGUGGUGUGCACCUUUGCCCUGUGCUGGCUGCCCUACCACAUCUACUUCACCCUGCAGUACUUCAGCCCUGAGUGGUACCUGCAGAAGUUCAUCCAGCAGGUCUACCUGGCUGUCAUGUGGCUGGCCAUGAGCUCCACCAUGUACAACCCCAUCAUCUACUGCUGCCUCAACGACAGGUUCCGCGUGGGCUUCAAGCAGGCCUUCCGCUGGUGCCCCUUCGUCGGCGCUGCCGAGUACGAGGGGCUGGAGAUGAAGUCAGCCAGGUUCCUGCAGACCCAGAGCAGCAUGUACAAGGUCAGCAGGAUCGAGACCACGGUGUCCUCGGCGGUGGGAGCGGCGGAGGAGGAGCUGGAGGAGGGCAGCAAGGCCAAACGUCUCUCCCUGGACAUGACCUCCAACGGCUCCUCCCGCAGCGACUCCAAGACCGUCUCGGAGAGCUUCAGCUUCUACUCCAACACUCUCACCUAAGAGAGAGGAGGCUCCUGCCUUCCAGCAGCUGCUCACCAGGC